AAUCAUCAUCAUCAUCAUCAUCACCAUCAUUGGCAGUGCAUAUAUAUACCAUAUUGCAUCGAAUCGGCACGUCAGGCAGCAACAAUUUCCCCUCAUCACAGCCAUACGCUGCAAAUUGAAUCUAGCCAAAGAUGCCGUCAGAUUUGGCAUAUUGGAUGAUCGCUGUGCCGAUUCAGAGCAAUGAUCCACAUCAGAUGAUGUCUUCAUUGUCAAAGAUCUUACUGAAGGAUAAUCUGACAACAUCCAAUGAACUUGGACCUUUAAGUCUUCCACCAUUCAAGACUGGAACAUUGGAUCAGCUUAUCAAUCUAUCAGAAGAAUUACCUAGAUCUGACAAUCAAUUCACACAAAUUGUUGCAAAAGUUGUCGACACAUUACGAAACUUACUCAACAACGAUGCAGAAGCUUUAGGUCAACAUAUUCAAGUAAACGAACAAAGUAUCGAUGACUACCUACUGUCAUGGUCUUGGAACGGACAGAGAUACAGAACGGAUAGAAGUAUACGUGAGAUUGUCGAUACCCUUACCAAAGAAAUCACUUCGAUCGAUAACGUGAUGAAGAACAAAUUGAAUAGCUAUAACACCGCCAAAGGUCAACUGCAACAGAUACAAAGAAGGCGAAAUGGUAAUCUGUCUACACGGGCUUUGGGAGAUGUUGUUCACAGAAAUGACAUCGUUGAUCCUAAUUCGGAAUAUAUCGAAACCUUGAUCGUUGCCGUCCCAAACAACAAUGUGAAAGAUUGGCAAUCAAGAUACGAACGUUUGACAGAUAUGGUUGUACCAAGAUCAUCAAACAAGCUUGCAUCAGAUGAAGAAUACUCUUUGUUCAAUGUUACUGUUUUCAAGAAAGUCAAGGAAGAAUUUUGCAAUAAAUGCAGAGAAAACAAGUUUGUCAUUCGGGAUUUCCGUUGGGAAGAUGAUCUUGCAGAACAGCAAAAAGCUGAAUUGGACGAAGCAAACGUUUCCGAGAAAGAGCUUUGGACUGAGCUUUUACGUUUAGCACGGACGAAUUUCAGUGAAGCAUAUAUGGUUUUGACGCAUAUCAAAGUGAUUAGAACGUUUGUUGAAAGUGUGUUACGAUUUGGUUUACCGGCAGAAUAUUUUGGCAUCGUUGUCAAACCGAAUCCAAAGAGAACGAAAGCACUUUUGUCUUCUUUGACUUCUCAUUUCUCUUACCUCGAAGCACCAGGAAAGAAAGGAAAAGGAAAUUCAUCAGGCAAUGAUGAUGCACCAGGAGAGUAUGCCGCUUACCUUGAACAGGAACAAUAUCCAUUUGUGUUAACAGAGCAAUUCCUUGUAGCAGCAUAGAAUCAUCUUGAUAGCGCAAAUACAAUUUUUGUACG